AUGAACACGACCAACAUAGCACCCGUCGUCUGGAUCAACGGCUUUCCAGGCUGCGGAAAGCUUACCAUCGCCUCCGUCAUGAAGACCCUACAUACCGACAUGAUCCUCCUGGACAACCACAAGCUGAUCGACCCCGUGGAAGCAAAGUACGCACGAAGUCACCCCGAUUACCAAAAAGAACGCCAUCGGUAUCGGCAACACAUCUUCAGAGAACAUGUGAGUAACCCUGCUACGUUAGCGCAGGUUGUGGUUUUCACCGAUUACCAGUCCGACAACGUACUAGGGCAAAAGGUUGCGGAAGAGUAUCGGGAAGCAGCGAGACAGGCUGGACGUCCGUUCAAGCCUGUCUACAUUGUUUGCGACGUCGAGGAAAACAUCAGGCGAGUUGCUGCUGCUGGACGCGUUGACGGUGGUACGAAGAAGCUCACUGAUCCUGAUCGUCUGAGGGAUUUUAGAGAGAGAUGCGACAUCUUCCGCUUUGAUGGCUGUGACGGGCUGAGCCUUGACACGACUGAUAGUACGCCUGGAGAAGUAGCUAGGGAGAUACUUCAGUUCGUGGAGGAAAGAUGA